AGCACAACCCUCUUAGUCCGCUGCCGUUGUCAAGGUUUCCGCAUCGUUGCAGGUUUUCCUUAGGUGGUAUUUGUCGUCCGUCUUGAGGUGCUCCAAGUAUACGAAGGAUUGCUUGCAGUCUGUACCUAUUUGCAGGUAAACAGGUUACUUGAAGCAAUAAGAAGUAACUGAAGAAGCAUGGCCAAGCAUCACCCAGAUCUGAUCAUGUGUAGGAAGCAGCCAGGAAUUGCCAUUGGACGACUUUGCGAGAAAUGUGAUGGAAAGUGCGUGAUUUGUGAUUCAUAUGUGCGUCCCUGCACACUUGUACGUGUCUGCGACGAAUGCAACUAUGGAUCAUUCCAAGGCAGAUGUGUGAUUUGUGGAGGGGUUGGGAUAUCCGAUGCCUACUACUGUAAAGAGUGUACGCAGCAGGAGAAAGACAGGGAUGGGUGUCCGAAGAUUGUCAAUUUGGGGAGUGCCAAAACAGAUCUCUUUUAUGAGCGUAAGAAAUAUGGCUUUAAGAAAAGAUGAAAAACAUAUGCUAAAUUCAUUUCCUCCCCUUUUGCAAUACAUUCGAUAACCCAUACGUUGUUUUUUAGAUUUUAUUUGGGCUGUCUGUCUCUUGUUUCAUGAUUUUCUAGGCUUGAUGUAAGCAGUCGAAAUCCUGUCUUGAGGGACUUUCUGUCUUUAGCCUGUGAGGCAGUAGACAGAACAACAGUGUUUGAACAUAAAAUCUGGACUUGUAUUA